AUGGGGAGAAAGGAGGAGGAAGUAUUCGUCUUACUGUGUCACUUUAUUGAGCCACCAAGCUCCAUCUACCUGCUACGUGGAUUUCAGAUGUCAUACGUAGCUGUCAUAUCCCAGUACCACUCCCCAGUAUUCCAGUACCACUGCCUUUUAUCCCAAUGCGACUACCCAGUAUCCCAGUACCACUCCCCAGUAUUCAGACCACUGCCUUUUAUCCCAGUACAACUGCCCAGUAUUCCAGUACCACUGCCUUUUAUCCCAGGACAACUGCCCAGUAUUCCAGUACCACUGCCUUUUAUCCCAGUACAACUGCCCAGUAUCCCAGUACCACUCCCCAGUAUUCCAGUACCACUGCCUUUUAUCCCAAUGCCACUACCCAGUAUCCCAGUAACACUGCCCAGUAUCCUAGUACCACAGCCCAUUAUCUCUGAACCACCAUCCAGUAUCCCAAUACCACUGCCCACUAUCUCAGUACCAGUGCCCAUUAUCUCUGUACCACUGCCCAGUAUCCCAGUGCCACUGCCCAGUAUCUCUGUUCACACUAUCAGUAUCCCAGUACAACUGCCAAUUACCUAUGUACCACUGCUCAUUGUCUCUGUACCUCCACCCAGUAUCCCAGUACCACUACGCAGUAUCCCUGUAACACCACCCAUUAUCUCUCUACCAUUGCCCAGUUUCCCUGUACCACCACCCAGUAUCCCCGUACCACUGCCCAUUAUCUCUGUGCCACCACCCAGUAUCCUGGUACCAGUGCUCUUAUCCCAGUAUCUCUAUACCACCAGCCAGUAUCCCAGUAUCUCUAUACCACCAGCCAGUAUCCCAGUAUCUCUAUACCACCACCCAGUAUCCCAGUACCACUGCCCAGUAUCUCUAUACCACCACCCAGUAUCCCAGUACCACUGCCCAGUAUCUCUAUACCACCACACAGUAUCCCAGUAUCUCUAUACCACCUCCCAGUAUCACUGCCCAGUAUCUCUAUACCACCACCCAGUAUCCCAGUAUCUCUAUACCACCACCCAGUAUCCCAGUACCACUGCCCAGUAUCUCUAUACCACCACCCAGUAUCCCAGUACCACUGCCCAGUAUCUCUAUACCACCACACAGUAUCCCAGUAUCUCUAUACCACCACCCAGUAUCCCAGUAUCUCUAUACCACCACACAGUAUCCCAGUAUCUCUAUACCACCACCCAGUAUCCCAGUAUCUCUAUACCACCACCCAGUAUCCCAGUACCACUGCCCAGUAUCUCUAUACCACCACCCAGUAUCCCAGUACCACUGCCCAGUAUCUCUAUACACAGUAUCCCAGUAUCUCUAUACCACCACCCAGUAUCCCAGUAUCUCUAUACCACCACCCAGUAUCCCAGUAUCUCUAUACCACCACCCAGUAUCCCAGUACCACUGCCCAGUAUCUCUAUACCACCACCCAGUAUCCCAGUAUCUCUAUACCACCACCCAGUAUCCCAGUAUCUCUAUACCACCACCCAGUAUCCCAGUAUCUCUAUACCACCACCCAGUAUCCCAGUAUCCCAGUAUCUCUAUACCACCACCCAGUAUCCCAGUAUCUCUAUACCACCACCCAGUAUCCCAGUACCACUGCCCAGUAUCUCUAUACCACCACCCAGUAUCCCAGUAUCUCUAUACCACCACCCAGUAUCCCAGUACCACUGCCCAGUGUCUCUAUACCACCACCCAGUAUCCCAGUACCACUGCCCAGUAUCUCUAUACACAGUAUCCCAGUAUCUCUAUACCACCACCCAGUAUCCCAGUAUCUCUAUACCACCACCCAGUAUCCCAGUAUCUCUAUACCACCACCCAGUAUCCCAGUAUCUCUAUACCACCACCCAGUAUCCCAGUACCACUGCCCAGUAUCUCUAUACCACCACCCAGUAUCCCAGUAUCUCUAUACCACCACCCAGUAUCCCAGUAUCUCUAUACCACCACCCAGUAUCCCAGUAUCUCUAUACCACCACCCAGUAUCCCAGUAUCUCUAUACCACCACCCAGUAUCCCAGUACCACUGCCCAGUAUCUCUAUACCACCACCCAGUAUCCCAGUAUCUCUAUACCACCACCCAGUAUCCCAGUAUCUCUAUACCACCACCCAGUAUCCCAGUACCACUGCCCAGUCCAUCAGUAAACCACCAGUCACCACAGAAUAUGUUACUGAGAUCAGCACCUGCAGCGAUCCCCAGAGGAUCUGCCCCCAAUCCUACAUUGCUGUGAAAGACGAUUUUAACCCAGUUGUGUUACCUGUGUUGCUGUAUAAGCUGAAGAUCUUGGAAAUUUGA